GAUUUGUGAGACAGUCUUGCCUAAGCUUUGCCUAGGACCUCAUAAUUAUAUUACAUUGUAUACAUUAUAUACAUUAAGUACACUAAUGCAUUCCGCUAGUGUUAAACAAAAGUAGUGGGGUUGGUUUGAUAUGGAAUUGAAGUGGCAGAGGGCAUUUUGGAUGCUGGUCACUUGAGAAGAUUUAUUCAGUAAAUGCGGCUUCUUCAGUCCUCCAGCCUGACCUAUACCAGGAUGGAGCUGCGUCUCCUCUCUAAGGCACUACAGUGUGCUCACACACAUGAAGUAAAUAAGUAAAUCUUUAAAUAAAACAAAGUGUUUUAACUGCAUGGCAUCUGAGACGAGGGGUGGAUUGGGUGGCCGCUUGUGGAGUCGCACGCAGCUCCCACUGCAUGCUGGGGGCAGAGAGGUGUGAGCAAAGUCAGGCGGAUCAGCCUCAUGCCCCACCCGAUGGCUCAUCCUGGCAUGGUAGGCUCUGCGUGUGUCAUCGGCGUAUGUGGGCUGAGCAGCAUGAAAGCAUGCCACCUUUCCUUUGGGGAUAUACAGAGCAGUGACAUAAACAGUGGACCUGCGCCCUUCCACAGAGCGCAAGUGCCUGUCAAGUCUGCCUGUGUGUAGGGCUCUCUGUCCCCAGCUAAGGCUUCUGGUGAAUGAAACCAACUGCAACUUUGUAUUUAAGCGUCCUAAGGCUCAGUUGUAGAAAUCACUCUAAGCUAAAGCAGUUUAUAGAAACUAGCUAGUGUGUGGGCAUACUAAAAAGAAAGAGGCAGGCUAUAUUUAAAAAGUGAUAUGUUAACGUUUUUCUGAUUCAUGGUGCUAGAUAGGUAGAUAGACAGACAGAUCACCACACUGUUUCAUCUGAGUUUGUUUUUAGAAAUGUGCUUUGGCAAAGAGCCUUCAUCUGACAUUUAACCAAAGUACUACUGUGAAUUUGCAAUGGUGCACAUCUCUACUCGUGCAGUAGUGCAUAGCAGAGCGGCAGCCCGCUCCAGAGAUCGUGCUCUGCGGUCUGCACACUAUAAGGCUUAAGAGUGGUCACGGUUUCAGGGGUGUGGUGUUACUGUCAUGUACCCCACAGCAGCAGAUGGACCGUCACCAUCCUCAUGCACAAAGAAGAUAAUGUCACAGUGGCUUCCCCAACAGCACAGAUUUAUUGAGAACUUAGGGUGCUGGGAAGUUUCUUUUGAAUCAGCAGAGUAUGUGUAGAUUUGCCACCAUGGGAACUUCACACAGGAAGUUCAUGUAUGUAGCAUACUGGCAUUCUAUAUGCUCGAGUUCUAUCUAGAGAUUAAAUUAAAUCUAGGUGUGUCUGACUUGCUUAACGCAAGCAUGGUCUAUGAAAGUUUCACUUUAUAUGUUUAUUGCCCUUGUCAGCACUGCCUUUUUUUUUUUUUUUUUCACGGCAGUGCUGGUAUCUCCUUUUCUCAUGAUUGGGAACCAUUAGAAUGCUAAAGUGUUCUGUUGAAGUAAGAGCUUUGAAUCACCCCAAAUCAGAUAUGUAAGAUCACUGUUGUUGGGCUGGAGAGAUGGCUCAGCGGUUAAGAGCACUGACUGCUUUUGAGAUCAAUUCCCAGCAACCACAUGGUGGCUCACAGCCAUCUGUAAUGGGAUCUGAUGCCCUCUUCUGGUGUGUCUGAAGCAGCUACAGUGAACUCAUAUAAUAAAACAAAUAAAUAUUUUUUUAAAAAGAUGUCAGGAUUUAAAAAUCCUCCCUAGCAGGGUGGCAGUAGCACAUACCUUUAGUGCCACACAUGGGAGGUAGAGGCAGAUCUCUGUGAGUUCAAGGCCAGCAUGGUCUACAGACUGAGUUCCAGUAUAGCUAGGGACACACAGAAAAACCCUGUCUCUAAAAACCUAGGUAGGUAGGUAGGUAGGUAGGUAGGUAGGUAGGUAGGUAGGUAGAUAGAUAGAUAGAUAGAUAGAUAGAUAGAUAGAUAGAUAGAUAGAUAGUUUUUACUCAUUCUUCCUUUCUUGCCUAUUUCAUACUCCCUUUUAAAGUUUCAUUUACAGUCUUUGGUUUAAAGGGGGAAAGCCAAAUAUAUUGAAAAUUAAAAGCAGAGUGGUAGAGGCUCACGCUUUUGACCCCAGCCUUUGGGAGGCAGAGACAGGUGGAUCUCUGAAUUCAAGGCCAGCAUGGUCUACAGACUGAGUUCUAGGACAGAUAGGGCUACACAGAGAAAUCCUGUCCAAAAAAAAGGGGGGGGGGGGGAGAAAAGCAAGAGUGAGGCAGGAAUGGGUGUUAGUGAGUGUGUGACAUGUGUGCAGGGCAGGAAUGGGUGUUAGUGAGUGUGUAACACAUGUGCGGGACAGGAAUGGGUGUUAGUGAGUGUGUAACACGUGUGCGGGGCAGGAAUGGGUGUUAGCGAGUGUGGUAACACAUGGGCCUUGUGAUGCUCUUCUCUCUCAAGAGUACAGUUGUCCCUGAUUUGUGCAUUCUGAAACACUGGAGUCUCAGAAUGAACUGUUUUGUUUACCACAGACAUUUCCUGUCUGCCUCAGUUUCUUUUAAUGAUCGGCAGUGAUACAUAGUCUUUGAGACAUAAAUACCUUGAUUUCACAUGAUCCUGAGUCAUCGGUGGGACCUUUAUUACUGAAUUCUUCAGGUAAGAAACCUAAGGCACAGUUGACUCUUAGAGGUUACAGAUCUCCUAGGGAUGUUUGCUCACCCAUGUAGUGUCUAUACUUAACCAUCUUAAUUCCGUGUGUCUGGGUGGGACACAUGGAAAAGAUCAUCGCUUUCCCAGACCUUCCUCUGCAUUUUUCUAUUGACCACCUCUCUGGAGUCACCAAGCUAAGUUGUGACCAGUGUAUGGUUUACUGUGUUGCCUCUACCCACGUUACAGAAAACCCAACAAAUGGUGCCUUCGAUGUAGAUUCAGUGGCCCAGUUAUUGGCUGGUGUGAGGGUUGGAGAGAGGGACGUCAUAAGGAGGAGGCAGGGAAAAGGGGAAGGACAGGUGGUGGUUGGGACGUGCUUUGAAGUUGCAGAAGUGCACAGGGUCCCAGGACAGCUUGAUUUUGGAUGUCUGGCCUCCAGAACUAAAGAGAGUAAGUUUGUGUCAUAGGAUCACAAGACCCGAAAUUGAGAACACACAGUUAAGUGACAGACUGUUGGAAGGAUUGCCCCACAUCUGACUGGGGUAAAAGGCAGUCAUCCUAUUGACUCCUACGGUCGUCCAUAACCUGCCCUGCUCCUCAUAGUCAUCAACUCCAGGACCUCCUCACCUCCAUUUCCACAUCCUCCUGUCCACAGGGCCUGCUCACGUUGGUUCUUCCCGACUCUAACCUCCUGCCUGAGAUUUGCUCAGCCCCCUUCCUACAGGUCCUGACUCAAACGCCUCUGUUUAGUUUUAUUCUGUUUUUCUCUUAUGACCUAGGGCAUACAGUGGGCAUUAAAUGUGUGUUUGUUGAAUAUAUGCAGAGAUCUGGUUGAUUAAGUAGGAUGAAUUGCUAGAAAUGAUGCUUGCAUUACAGAUACAAACAAAGGUUCUGGGCACACGUGAUCAAGCCUUCUUCUGCCUGAGGUCAAAUCUGUUCAUCAGUGACCUGAGGCCAUCCUGCCCUCCAUACUCACGAAUUGUAAACAUCCCUGGCCAGCUUCGUUCAUGGACAUUCUAUUUUUUUUAAUUUGUAUGGCUUUUAUUAGGUGAAUUUGUAUUUUUAUGGUAUUUAUUAGCUUCUGCCUUUUGCCCAUUCUUUUAAUGGCAACCUGAUCUCAAUGUUUUUCCAAUUUAGUGUUGAUGUUUUCCUAAUUUAUAGAAUCCAAAUGGUCUUUGUUGUCUGUGUUGCAAAUAUUACUCCUAGCUUGUAUUUUUUUUUCAGUUUUUCUUGCCAUUCUGAAUAUGUUUGAUUUAAAUGUCUGAUAAUUUUUUUUUAGCAUCAUUUUAUCUUUUCUCUCUGGCUCAUUUGGGAAGAUCUUAUCUAGUUCUGAAAACAACUGUUCAUCUACAAUGUCAGUCAGCUUUUCUUAUGUUUAUGAUUUUUAUUUGGAAAAAUCUUAUCUUGUUUUGAAAUCACUGCCCAUCUACAAUAUUCAUCAGAUUUUCUUGUGUGUAUGAUUUGUAAUGUUAUUUAAUGUGUGGCGUGUUGCUUGUUGUAUAAACCGAAAGGGCCGUGUUCAGUUUUCUCCCGCGCCCAUGGUGCACGUGCUAUCAGUAACACCUUGAAAAUACUAAGCCUUUGUAGUUAGUAGGGUUGCUUCAAGUAUUUGAUAAAGAUAAUUUUUUUAAUGCCAGAACUCAAUUCUUAAUUAUUGUAGUUUUAAAAUAAUUUGGACUCCUUUUUCAAAAAAAAGUACUUUUGAGAGGCUAGAGAGACGGCUCAGUAGUUAAGAGCACGUGUUGCUCCUGCAAAGGUCUUAGGUUCCGUUUCCAGUACCCACAUGAAAAAAAUUCAUACACGUAAAAUAAAAAUAAAUAAAUCUAAAAUAAGUCAUUUAAAAUUAUUUUUGAAACAAGUGUGAUGGUGCACUUUAAUCCCAGCACUCCAGAGGCAGAGACAGGGGGAUGUCUGUGAGUUCAGUAUCAAUGGGCUCUACACAGUAAAUUCCAGGCCAGCCACAGCUACAUGGCUUGGGGAGGGUGUGUGUGUGUGUGUGUGUGUGUGUGUGUGUGUGUGUGUGUGUGUGUGUGUGUAUCCUCCAUUGGUUCUAAGUAAAUUCUAAGACCAUUCUGUGUCAGGUUUAGGAAUAGUUAUAGAUUUAGUGUCCUCUUGUCUUUCUUCCAUGCAAAAUAUCUUCCUGACUUCCGCAGCCUUCUGUUGAUGUCUUUGAUCUUCUGUGGGGCCGUUGCUCCUGGAAUUUAACCACACAUACUCGCCAGUAUCCUGUGAGUUGUUUUGUUUUGUUGUUUGCUUUUGUCUUGUUUUGUUUCCUCACCUCCCUGUCUUUGUCAGGCUGCUCCCUGUGCCUGUAGUAAACUUGAUCAGUGUCCUUGGCUGACAGCCCUAAAAUUGCACCUCAGUGCCUGCUUCCCCACUGUCCUGGCUUUGUGGUCUCUCAGUUGUGGUGGUCUCUCUGCUUGCUAGCUUGGGCACAUUUCAGUCACCAUGUGGAUCACAGUAUCACAGUGGAUCUCUUUCCUGAGAGCUCUGGAGAAGCAACUCUUGUGCAUUUUGUUGUCUUUUUUUUUUUUUUUUUUUUUUUUUUAGUGGUUGUGCUAGGAGUUAAACCCAGGCCUCAGACGUGCUAGGCAAGAGUUUUCCCACUGCUGUCCCUCAUCCUCCUCUCCAUUUUGAAUGUCAGUAUGGACCAUGCUACCACCUGAUAGUUUGUGAUAUGAAUGGAUUGGAGGAAAAUAUUCAAGAAUAGAAAUUUGAAAAUAGAUUGUCACGAUGAUCAUGGUGAAAGACAAAUUAGGGGCUCGACUAGGGCUGUGGCAGGAGAGACAGGGUGUGCUUGGAAAGCAGCAGGAGAAAGCGUGGGUGAGUAUGAGGAUGGGAGCGUGACUCUCUGAAACCCCAAUUUCCAACCCAGACAGCAGUGGGUGCGGGCGGCUUAGCUGUUUGUGGGAGUUCAGAAGAGGCACAAAUUUAAGGAGGAUAUGACUAGGCCGGUUUUAUUUAGUUAGCAUUUCUUUAUUUGGAAAUGGGGCAAGGCAGGUGCAUGUAUGGUUUUUGUGUGGAGGUCAGAGGAGAGCUUGAGGGAUCCCCUGGUUUGAACUGAGGUCAUCAGGCUUGGUGGUUAAUGCCUUUUUACCUGCCGAGUCAUCUCACCAUCUCCAUGGCCAAUUUUAGAUGUGUUGUGAGUUGGACAUGUCCUUAGAUAACCAAUGGAGAUAGACGACACGGAGGGGAGUAUAAACAGGCAAAUUAUACAGUUACUGUUGCAAGGAACAAUGUUUGGAGAUUGGAACAGUAUGCUACUAAUAAUUUUGGCAUGUUAACAGAUGUAUUCCAGGAAUGGGUCUGAUUUGGACUAGGAUGCAUGUAUGGUCUGCCUACGUUAAAAAAGAAAAAGAAGAAAGAAGCAUAAGGUCGGAGCGAGGUCAUUGGUGCAUAGGUGCCCUGAGAGUGGGUGCAGUUAGCACAGUGGCCUGUGGAGAGUUCUCCUUACAGGUGGGAAUCCUAACCAACCUCCGCUGUUGCUUAUCCCACUCCAGUGCACACAUCCCCCUGGCCUCGGACUGUAGCCAGAGCUUAUUGGGAGGAGUUUUGCUUGUUUUAAUUCUGGGUGCUGGAGAUAGCUCAUGGUAAGCACAUGUCCAGUAUGUACAGUGGUGGGAUUGAUCUGCAACCUGGACGGAAAAAUCUGGAGCUGCAGGUUUCUGACAAGGCCGGAGGGAGAGGAAACAGUAAAGUACGAUGGGCAGAGUGAGAAGAGCUGGGAGACUGCAGCUCACCAGAAGAGCCGGCAGGAGGUGGGCAGUGGCAGCAGCCGAAGAAGUGUCAUGACAUGAACCUGGACCCUGGACCCUGAACCCUGUUCUGGGCUGGCCAGUGCAGUUGUUUCAGAGCAGGAACCAGAGUGAAGCUGUGAAGGGUAAAGACAGGAAGAGCUACCUGCGCCCACCAUGGGACAGCCUUCCCCUGGGGGAGGAGUCCUCCUGUGUUAAGGUAGAGCCCACCGAGUCUGUGUUUUGUUGUCUGCUAGAAGGUGACACUAACGUUCAAGGGAUUUAAGAAAUGCCAGUCUGUAGUCCGCUUUCUGUCGGGAGGGAGUGCCUGUGUUGUGGUUGAGCGUCAAACCAACCACAGUAGAUUCCAGAAGAAAAGGAGAAAGAAAAGCACUACCUAGGCGUCCCUGUGUUUGGUUGGCUUGAAGUCUUAAGUUUCUUCUUUCUCUUAAGACUGGAGACGGACAUCUUGAAAAGAAUAUGAACGUAUCUUCUGGUUGCUCCGCUUUCUUAAAAUGUCAAGGAUAAAAUGUUGAUAAUCCAUCAAACUAGAUUUUCAUGGGCUGGUAACUGCAUCUUUAUUAAAAGGGGUAGAAACGAACAGUUCAGGUUACAGGUUACAUUCCUGUAAAUGUGUGGUGUGAGUGCGCAUCCACAUGUGGUGUCAUACACAUUGGAUGGGAAACAGGAGUUUUAUUGUUGUUGGUUUUGAGACACUUUCUCUGGAUAGACCUAGCUGGUCCUGAACUCACGAUCCUCUUGCCUCAGUGUCCCAGGCACUAGCACCACAAGCAUGUGGUCUUAGUUAUGGUUUCCAUUGCUGCAAUGAGACAUCAUGACCAAAAGCAGGUUGGGGAGGAAAGGGUUUAUAUUUGGCUUACACUUCAGAUCACAGUCCAUCACUAGAGGAAGUCAGAUCAGGAACCUGGAGGCAGGAGCUGGUGCAGAGGCCAUGGAGGGUGCUGCUUACUGGCUUGCUCCCAUGGCUCGAUCUCUUGUAGAACCCAACUAGACCAGGGAUGGCCCCACCCACAGUGGGCUGGGCCCUCCCCAUCAGUCACUAAUUAACACCUUACUGGCAUGUCGGCAGCCUGAUCUUAGAGAGGCAUUUUCUCAAUCGAGGUUUCCUCCCCUCAGAUGACUCUAGCUUGUGUCAAGUUGAGAUAAAAUUAGCCAGCACAAAGUGUGUACCAUCAUGCCUGGCAAAAGCAAAUUUUUAAGAAAAAAGAAGAAAAGUUUUUGAAAAGCAUUUAAGACAGCGCAGCAACAUUACAAUAGCACAUUGCCUUGUUUUCUUUCUGCUCCUUCUGUCUCACAGAAAUUUUUGUAAAUUUACUUCCUCAGAGGGGAAAAAGCAAGGACACAAGCAGGAGAAUGGGAAAUGCUUCAUGGCUCUGAGAGGCCUCAGCAUGCUCUGAGGAGGAGAGGCCUCAGGCGUGCUGUGGGGCGAACAAAAGGCUGUUGUGAACUGUGGGCAAGAGCUGGUGAGAGUUUGUAUUCUGUGGGAGUUAUUUCCUGUUGUUGACUAGAGUUCUUUAUUUAGAACCACCUAGCUUCGAAUGCCUGCUAGCUUGCAGAGAAGCGUGUACUUAGGCUUGUUUCAAGACAGUCUCUUUGAAAAUGAGUCACACUACUCAUACGCUCCGACAACAUGAUGUGCACAGACAUCAAGAUCGGGUGUCAGUGUGCACAAAGGAAGAGCCCGGUGCAGUGAGUGGCUACCUGAAUAUCCCUGAGAAAAAUACUGGGUAUAUGCGAGGGGGAUCUGGGGGUGGGGGCUGGUUUCCAUUUUAAAACAACAUAUCGGAUCUAGUGGCAAGUAUCUGUAGUCUCAGCCACUCUGGAGUCUGAGGCAGGAGGACAGCAAGUUUUAGGCAAGCCAUGACAACUUAGCAAGACUAUCUCCAUACUAAAAUGUCAAAGACAGUAGAUGACAGAGAUUCAACCCAACAGCAAAGUGCUUGCCUAUUUUUGUGUGGCCCUUGGUCCAACUCCAGAGCAACAAGACAAAGUAAAUAAGGAGAUAAAAGAAUAGAUGUAUAUGUUAAAUAAAUUCUUUGGAGUCUUGAGAAGAUAGCCAAAUGGCCUUCAUAUUUCGAGAAAGUUUAGGAUCUUUCUGGCAUGGUAGACAUUAGCUAGCAAUCAAGAAAUGAGCCCUGUCGGACUCCCUUCUCCUUAAGAACUUCAGGUUGCUGUAACAUUGCCGUGAGCUUUAUGCAUAUUCUUUUUUGAACCAGGGUCUCACUACGUAACUCAGACCUUGAACUUGGCACCUUCAUGUCUCGAGUCAGGCACUCAGAUUACAGACAUGUGACACCAUGCUUCCUGCUCGGCCCUUUAUUAAGAAUAUAAUUAUACUUUUAAUGUAAGACAAUACCUCAAAACUAACCAGAGAGACAAUUACCAUAAAGUCAUGGGAGAUAAUGAGAGUCUACAUAUGUCCAGUAUUCGUUAUUUUAUUUUUAUGUGUAUGUAUGUCUGUGCACACAUAUGUGCAUGGUGCCUUUGGAGGUGAGAAGAGGGCAUCAGAUCUGGGAACUGGAGUCAGAAGGUAACUGUGAGCCAUCGCGUGGGUGCUGGGAACUGAACCUGGCCCUGCCAUGACAGCAACAGGCUCUUAACCGCCAGGCUUCUCUCUGGCCCCGUCCUGGCUUUAACAGACACCGGAGACUGCAGGUAAAAGUCUCCUAUGAGUUCGGCAUCAUGGGAUUCAUAAAGAAAAAGGAGAAGAAAAUGUAUGUCUAAUUUAUUCUGAAACAAUAAAUUAGAAUUUUUAAAUUGUAACACAUUUUUUUGGUUUUGAUGUUUUUAAAAGAAAUCAAACUCUCUAGACUCUGUGUGUGUUUCCUCAACUCUCCCCCUCUCCUUAACAGUGGCCACUGUUUUCCUGAACUCUCUAUCUGUCCUAUAACUCAUAUGGUCCCCAUGUAUGCCCUUGUAAGACAGUACAGCGCAUGCUUCGGCGUGCUCGGUUUUGAGGCAGAGUCUCACUGUGUCCCUGGCUGGCCUGGAACUCACAGAGACCCACCUGCUUCUCCCUCCCCAAUGCUAGGGAGUGCUAAAGGCAUGUGCCACCACUUUAUAUAAUACUGUCUACGGGCGGAGUUAUAUAGGUACAUCUUGUAGCCUGCUUUAUUGUCUUGAGCUGUUUUUUUUUUUUUUUUUUUGUUCUUUUUUUUUUCCGGAGCUGGGGACCGAACCCAGGGCCUUGCGCUUCCUAGGCAAGCGCUCUACCACUGAGCUAAAUCCCCAACCCCGAGCUGUUUUUUUUUUUUUUUUUUUUUUUGAGAAUUGAUAUAUGUUGAUAUGUGUGUGAUGUUAGUUCUUCGAAAGUGUUGAGGUGUAUAGAUUUGCCCUCAUCUUGAGGAAUCUUAAUGCUGUUUCCAGUAUUUGCUGUUCUAAGUAGUGAAUUGGUUUUUGUCUUUUUUUUUUUUUUUUUAUUUUAAACUCUUGUGGCUCCAUGGCGAUAAAAACAAAAUUUUCUAGACUCUGGACAUAGCUCUUCCAUCAAGAACUCUUCAAGAGAACUAAUGCCCAGUGCCACAGGAGUCCAUUAGAGUCUUGUCCUGUAGUUAAAUAUUUGCCAGAGCAUCACUGGCUUUACACCGUCCUGGAGACCCGAGGGUAUGCUUUCUAAGUCAUUUUCUGUAGGACUUACUUUUCUGUUGAACACUACUUAAAGGCUUACAUGUGUGUAGGUAUGAGUGUGCCCCUCAGCUUAUAACUGAGUCAUUGCCAAUUGUUUCCAAAGUGUGUGUGUGUGUGUCCCCGUCUGUCCAGGUUGACACUGCAAUGUCCUCAGUCCCUGUUACCGUAUUUGUCUGCAUGUGUAUGUGUGGUAUGCAUCUGUGUAUUUCACGUGUGCAGGUGCAUGUGUGGGCACAUGUGGAGACUUGAAGUUGAUGUUCAGUCUUCCUUGGUCACUUCCUAAUUUGUACAUGGAGACAGGGCCUCUCACACAACUCAGACCUUUCAUCUAGCUGGUCUAGCUAUCCGACUUACCCUGGGUAUUUCCUGUCUCUGCCAUCAAGCGCUGAGAUUUUCAGUGGCCGUCUCUAACACCUGCUCACUUUCCAUGGGUUCAGAGGACCCAGGCUCUCUUCACACACGUCACCUGCCUGUCCUUCCUGUCCUUCCACCAUAUACUUUUUUCUCUGGAGACAGGCUUCCUCUGUGUAGCCCUGGCUGCCCUGAGAUUCACUCUGUAGACCAGGCUGGCCUCAAACUCACAGAGAUCCACCUGCCUCUGCCUCCUGAGUGCUGGGGUUAAGGGUCUGUGCCACCACGCCUGGCUCCUCCACCUUUUCGAGAUAAAUCCUCUCUCUGAACCCGAAGCCCUGUUUCGCCUAGACUAGCUGGUCAGAGGUCCAGGGACCCACAUGUCUAGAGGCGCCCACUGCUGGAGCUGUGCAGAGGCAGAGGGAGGACACAUCCCAGACCAUCUGGGGAUCUGAAGACAGCCCUGUGCUUUACCCUCGGAGCUGUCCCCUCAGAUCCAGCACUCUUUUUCCUGUCAUAAUCGUUUAUCAGAAUAUGAUUUUGUUUUUUGGUUUUUCCGUUUGUUUGUUCGUUUGUUUGUUUGUUUGCCUUUAAUCCCAGCACUCAAGAGGCAGAGGCAGGUGGAUUUCUGUGAGUUCAAGACCAGCCUUGUCUACAGAGGGAGUCCCAGGAUAGCUAGGGCUAUAGAGGGAGAUCCUGUCACAAAUAAAACAAAACUGACUAACAGACAGACAGACAGAAAGCUAAUUCAAGAAUUCCUUAUGGAUUCUGAGUACUUUGUCCAGUGUGUGGACCUCAUAUAUAAUUUGAUAAUCCUUACCUUGCCUUUAACUUCAGAGUUAAGUUACUUUGUUUAAUGGAUACUUAGCUUUCAAUGUGACCAGAGUUAUUGAUUGUUCAACCUGUAGUUUGUGCUUUGACUAUCUUUUUUUCUUUUUGAAGUUGUACAUAAAUGACUCAUCCAAGGAGACAUUAAGAAGGGACUUUACAGAUGGGACAGUUGGGACAUGGAACACCAGUGAUAACAGGAAGCAGCUACUGACUGUCUAUCCAAAGUGGAAGCAGGGAGGAAAUGGUUUUGCGUGGGUAAAGCCUCCAGAAAACACAGGAGGAAUUGACGGCCUGAUGGAAGGCCACACAGAAGCAACUGUGGUUAUGGAAAUUCCAAAUAUGAAAAAAUUAUAAAUUAAAGGCUUUCAAUUUCAAGCAAAGGACUAGGAUUACAUUUUAUUUUAUUUUAUUUUAUUUUGAGACAGGGUCUCUGUGUAGCUUAGAGCAGCCUAAAUUUUUACUAUGUAGACCAGGCUGACUGGUCUGAAACUCAUGGAGAUGCUCCUGCUGCCCCUUGUGCCAAGGCUGGAACAAAGAAAGCUGAGGUUAGUGUGUGCUGGCUGAAGGCCUUGCCACCAUCCCCACCUGCCCGUUGUUAAACAACAAUUCUACACGCAGUACCAAGGAAAGGUAAUGUCGGGAUGGGGAUGCGGCUUCAUGGCUGGCAGCUCACCUCGUCAGCAUGCGUGAGACCCUGGGUUCUGUCCCCAUAGCAGUGGGAGGGACCUGUAUCCUUGCCUGUGUUUCCCACAGACAUGCCCAUUAAAGUCUUGAAUUUUCACCUUCUCAAAGCAGAAAUGUUAUAGUCAUGGUUUAAAAAGAUGAUUUUAAUAUAUCAUCUUAUAAGCAUUGUGCUGUUCUUGCUCAAAGGGUCUCUUUCUUUACAAUUUCCAUUUGUUUGUUGUUGAGAUGCAGGGUCUUUACAUGUGCCCCAGGCUGCCUUACUCUCCUGGGCUAAGGUAUCCGUAUCCGCCUGCUUUUUACUUCCUUGUGGCUAAGACCAUAGGUAUGCCCUAUGGAUGGUGUGCCCUCCCACAUCCAUCUCUCAUAGGUGCUUAGAAGAUGACUCCAGACAGUUACUACGGUGGAUAUAAAACUAUGAUAGAAAAUACAAUUUAGUCUAGCUAAUCAGUAAAUGUACUUGAUUUUAGAACACAAGAGACAUCUGGCAUUAGAGUAACGCUUUGACAAAAAUAUUAUUUCUAUCAUUUAGGCAAGUUCUCUUUGCAAUUAAAAUUGACAGCUAGUUUUGUUGCUGUUGUUGUUUUUGGACAGGGUCUCACUGUAGCUCUGGCUACCCCGGAACUCACUGUGUAGGUCAGGCUGGCCUGAAGUUGAUUGCUGAUUUUUAUAGCAUGUUUGAUUACUGGCAUCUAAUUUUUUUGAGAUUUAUUUCUUUUCAUUUUAUUUGGAUGAGUGUUUUGAAUGAGAGUCUGUGCAGCAUGUGUAUGCCUGGUAGCCUCCUGAGGUCAAAGACAGUCUGGGAUCCCCUGGUACUGCUGUUACUGAUGGCUGUGGGCUGCCGUGUGGGUGCUGAGAACUGAACCUAGGUGCUCCUGAAGAGCAGCCAGUGUUGUUAACCAUCAGCCCCCUCUCCAGCCCCUGAAUGCUAUGUCUGUAUAUAUGACUUACCAAGUAGGACGUCUACAUGUGUUAACAUUCAAAGUGUACUUUGUAAGUGCAGUUAAUUCCUUUAACUAGGUUCAACUUGAAUUAGAUAGUACAGAAAUGCUAAAAAGUAGUCAUGAAUACAAUAUUAUAUUACAGUGGUGAUCUGUAGUCACGGUAGUUUGAAAACGCUGUGUGAGUAUUUAAGCUUAUAUACAAAAAAAAUGCAUGUACACACAAACACAUACAUGCGCAUGCGCAUGCACACACAUUCAUUCACACACGUGUACACAGUUGGAACAGGACAAGAAAUGGUCUGUAGUUGUUUAUUUGGGAGCAAAAGUAGCAGGAAUAUAUAAGCCCUUAAGUUUAAAACUCGGCUGUGAAAAUAUUACUACCCAUUUGUUAAUAAAUGUAUAUCUAUAAAGGAUUAACCCUGUGAUUUCUCCACUUCUUCCAGUCCUUAGGAAGUACACACUUAGUGACACUUCCUAUGCCACAUGCUGUCUAGUGGUGGCCACAUGGAGGCUAGUGAUGGGGUGACAGACAGGAAGGCUAGUUUGUGAGCAGCUUGGAGAUUAGUGAAGGGCUGGUGGGUGUGCUGAUGAUGAUUUGUGCUGUGCUUGGGGUUGUUUAUUCUAUGGGUUAAAAUAAGGCCAAGGACAGACAGGGUUGGAGUUUUUGGUAAGAGAAAUAAUUGUUUUUUAUCUAUGCCCAGUCUGUGUUUGGGUCUCAGUGACGCCUAGUGCUGGCAUGCAUCAUUUCCGUCUGUCCUUAUACCCUAACUCGGGCUCUCCUCCUUCCUGAGCAAAAAGCACCUUGCUUCUCAAGGUGCCUUCUUGCUUCCAGAGAUCUUCAACGAAGGGUAGGCCAUGCAGGCUUGAGGUCAUCUUUGUCCCUGGGUGUCAGCUUGUUAAAGAGUUGAGUGUCAGGCCCUCCUGAUUUCCUUUCCUCCUCGUGCAGACACGGAGAGCUGCACCUGCCCUGUGUGUGGUCGAGCAGUGUGCUGUGAAGAUCAGCAGCCAGGUCCGUGAGGGAAGCCUGGGGAAAUGCCCUACUCUUCUCCAGACUUUGAGACCAGAAGAUGGUUUGAGUGAUUGUCUGGACAUGAAAAGAUAUAUGUUGGGUAAAGGAGGAAAGCGGAAGUUUGACGAGCAUGAAGAUGGGCUGGAAGGCAAAGUCGUGUUCCCCUCCGAUGCUCCAUCCAGGGUGUCUUACACCUUACAGCGCCAGACUAUCUUCAACAUUUCCCUUAUGAAACUGUAUAACCACAGGCCUCUGACAGAGCCCAGCUUGCAGAAGACUGUCUUAAUUAACAACAUGUUGAGGCGGAUCCAGGAGGAACUCAAGCAGGAAGGCAGCCUGAGGCCUACAUUCACCCCCACUUCCCAGCCCAGCGACUCACUGAGUGACAGCUACCGGGAGGCCCCACCUGCCUUCACCCCCCUGGCCUCGCCUCCUGCUCACCCCUGUGACCUAGGAAGCACUACACCCUUGGAGGCCUGCCUCACCCCUGCCUCGCUGCUCGAGGGCGACGAUGACACUUUUUGCACUUUGCAGGCUGUGCACCCUGCGGCUCCCACCAGACUCUCUUCUCCAGCUCUCUCAGCAGAGAAGGACAGCUUCUCCUCCGCCUUGGACGAGAUCGAGGAGCUCUGUCCUACAUCUACCUCCACAGAGGCUGCCGCAGCAGCAGCCCCUGAGGGCUCGAAAGGAACCUCCAGUGAGACCAGUGUCCAGAAACCCGAGGGGCCCCAGGAAGGCCGCACAGACGACUCAAGAUUCAUGGACUCUCUGCCUGGGAAUUUUGAAAUAACAACGUCCACGGGUUUCCUGACAGACUUGACCCUGGAUGACAUCUUGUUUGCUGACAUUGAUACAUCCAUGUAUGAUUUUGACCCCUGCACAUCUGCAUCAGGGACAGCCUCAAAGAUGGCCCCUGUGUCAGCUGAUGACCUCCUCAAGACCCUGGCUCCCUACAGCAAUCAGCCUGUUGCCCCAAGUCAGCCUUUCAAAAUGGAUCUCACAGAGCUGGACCACAUCAUGGAGGUACUUGUUGGCUCCUGAGAUCUGGGGCCCCUUGACCUGCGCCCAGGCAGGCCCUGCACCCUUGUAGCCCCAACAGUUUCUCCGCACUGUGCAUGGACCCUUGCUUGCCUUUUUCAGAGAAAAAGAAAAUUUUACAAAAGGAUCACACUAGUAUUUUCUUCAAGCAGAGUUGGAGUGCCUUCAUUCGAGUAUGACCACUUUAACACACUCUUCUGAGUGGGUUCCUCAGAGACCUGCUGCCCUGGCGUAGGAGAGAAGACUUUGGAAGACUGUUGCUAAUGUUGAAAGGUGAACAUGAGCGGUUCAAGUGAAGCACAAGGAUUAAGUUGGAAAAGCUGUAAAUUGCAUGUGCAUAUUUGUCUAUUUUUUCUAUAAGUUUUAUUGCAAGAGGUAAAAAAAAAAAGAAUAUAUAUCUAUAUUAUUUGGAUAAUCUCAGUACUUUCUCUGGCGUUUUGCCCUGUGUAAGUUGACUUGGCAACUCGGCCUUUUUAGAGGCAUUAACUACUCCUAAGUGUUGCAUUCACAUGGCUGUUUAGAAAACUGCUACCCAAAUUUAUUUUAUAUUUUUGUACAGAUUCUGCAGUUUAUGAUAUUGUUUUUCUAAAAACAAAUGCUGUUUAUACAUAUGAAAUAGCUAUUUUGAUAGGAUUUGCUCACACAGUUCCUGCAAACGUGAGAUGUACAAGGUGCACUUGUACUUUUAUAGACUCGUAAUGUUUUAUAUGUGUAUGGUGCAAGAGAGAAUCGGAUCACGUCAAUCUGCAGUUGAUGUCCCCAAUGCAAAUACAAUACACACAGCGCUUUAAUAAAGGGCCAGGUGAUCUGACACCCAAAUUUCACAAGCACCAGCCCCUGGCAAGGUCACCCGCCAGCACUGUGACUUCCAAAGCCAGAGCCCUGUCUGCUCAUCAAACUUGCAUUAAGCAGUUGGCGGGGAGGUGGUUGUGUAUCUGGGGUGGGGGAGGGGUAGGUUGACGUGACUACUCCUUAGCUCCCUCUUUUGAGCAGAGGCUGCAUCGUCUUCUUUAAGAAUGGACUCAGCAGGAUGUGGUGACACACCCCUGUAAACCCUGCAUUUGGGAGGCAGGGGCAGUGGAUUUUUCUGAGUUCUAGUCUAGUCAGAACUGUACAGUGAGAACCCUGUCUCAAGGUGGUGGUGGUAGUUGGGGGCAGCAGGGGGAUAAAAACAAAACAAAACUGUAUUUAUGCCAAGUUGCUGUUUUAAUUGUUUUUAUUUUAAUUUUUUAAAAUGAAACCCCAGUCUUUCCCUUUUGGCAUAGCUUUUAUGAUGAGACCACAAUUUUACACAACAAAAUGUUACAACAAGCAACUGACCUCUCCGCAGAGGUGAGCCCUGCUGCAGUUCUUAGAGCUCAUAAAGAAGAAAGUCUUCCCUGAAGGCACCACCGUGUUGCUGAGCUGCCUUUCCUAGUGUCCUUUCCCUGGGGCUUUUGUUUCCUGUUGCCAAGAGCUGCGAUGGCAUCUUUGUGAUCAGCACACCUCGACUCCUCUCCUGACAUCUGUGACCAGAGCCAUAGCUCACCACCUUAUGUCAUGGUGUCCAAUCUGGUUGCUUUCUCUAAUUAACUGCUAUUUUAACUACACUUUACAAAGCUGUUAUUCCCAAACACACAGACAGGGAUUUCUCUGCACGUUUCUGGCCUCCUCUGUGUGCAGGUCCCGUAAGCAGCAGCUCUUUCUCGAGUGGUUCCCCCACACGUGCACCGGUGAGAUGCGGUCCUCCGCUUUAGCGUAUCAUGCCUGUUGCUGAAGCCACCUCUGUCUCGCGGCUCUUCAUUGCAGGGAACUUGAGCUGUUGAGUGCAGGUUCCAACCUACAUUGGUAUGCAGAUGGCUUCCCUAGAAAUGACUUUUAUAUUUAUUUAAAAACCUUAAAUUAUGGGAUUUUGUUUCUGUUUUUGUUGUCUUUGUUGGUCAUUUGUCAAUGUACAGUCACCAACCAAUUCUGCUCACUUCUUGCCAUGGAUAAAAUGGGUCUUUCUGGCCAAUUAAAAAGAUAAAUUUUAUAAAUGGCACUUUAAACAAGCCAUAGAUAGUUUUAUUUUUAUAAUGCACAUGGCAAGCAAAUGCAUUUGUGAUGGCGGAACUGCUCAUCCAAGUAGAAGAUUUGUGGACGGCGUGGUGUGAUUAGUCUCUGACUUGCCUUUCUUCAAAGUGUCCGGCAGGCUGAUUAUCAGCUCCAGAGCCGUGAGAAGCUGAUGCCGAGGUUCUCCCACAGGCGCCCUCCACACGGCCUCUCACUGGCCUCUCACACCUAUGUCUCCUCUCGUGUAGGACCAGGAACCAUAUGUAAUGUGAGGGUUGUACAUGCUUCCAAGUGUCAUUGUGCCUCUCCAGUUUAAGAACUUCUCUUUCUUGUAGAGAGUGGGUCCGACAUACUCUGUUUUACAACGGGAGGAUCCCGUGAACUGGCCACAUGCCACACACAUCUGCAUACAUGUGCAUGUACAGUAGUGUUGAUUAUUCCCAGCAAAACGGCAAAAAACAAUUGAUGGCCGUUGUCAAACACUGACUUACAGUAACUUAGAACAACUGUACUUCUGUUGGAUUAGCAAAUCGUGUGUUUAAACAAUCCCAUAUGUUGGGCAACAGUUCAAAUAAGCACAGAGAAACAUUGCCCAAACUUGGUUCUCUAACUCUAGUGCAUUUGUAAGGCUGGGCUUCAAAAUCAAAACACCCACCCCCAACACUGGCAGGCAAAGUGCUAAUUCUUGAAACAUGCAUGGGAAGCUGACGGCCAUUUUCAGGAAGAGCAAGCCCACCAAGAGUUGACCGUCUGUGUGUCCUAUUUAUAUUGAGCAGUGUCCCAGCAGGGAAGGGUUGGAGCCAGGACAAGAUCCCCCAGUCCCGGUGGGAGUCGGGGACUGGGCCUCCAGACACUUUCUGGAGGUAACAGCUCGCCUUCACAAAGACAGUCUUGUGGCACCCAGAACCAGGCAGACAGCCUGGGGUGCCCGGGCCCGGAGAGGUGGUUGGCAGUGACGUGCAAUGACGUGACAAGGUGAGAGUAGACUCCUGAGAGACUUAAAGGGAUGGCUUCCCCAUAACUUAUUUAUUCCUUUUUUUUUUCUGUGUAAAUAUAUUUAUUUUACUGUGGCGCUCUAAUAACAUCCGGGUGGGUAUGGUGCAGAAUGUAUGUAGGAAUGUAUUGCUUGUAGGAAUGUAGAUCUGUAUGUAUUAAAAGGGGGAGCCAAGCCAGCCCCCACCUGUCUUUUCAUCAGAUACACAGUCCACAUUCAUUCUUAACUCUCAUCUUCAAUAUGGGUCUAUUUAAAAUAUGCAAAAAGGUGUGGAUGAGGAAUGUUCUAAUACCUCCAAAUUUUUAAGAAAAUCAAGCAUAAAAAGGGUUGAUAAUUUUUUAAAGUUUUCUUAGUAGCACUUUCUCUUGAUGACGGAAGGGCAACACACAGGCACCCACCUUCAUACCAAAGGGUGAGAAAUGGCCACAGCCUCCUACACCACCCCAGUGUCUUUCGCAAUUGAGCUUUUUAUCGCCAUAGCCCCAACCAUCCUGAGGUCAAUCAAGGAAAAUUUCUUAACGACGUAAGCUCCAAAGAGCCAAAGUAUCAACUUAUGGAUCAUUUUUAAAGCCUAAAUUUCUUACCACCUUUGCAGUAGACAAUGAAUUAUGAACACUGCAAGGGCAGCCUUCUUAAAUGACAGACACAAAGACUGCAGCGAUCGCUGCUCUACUCUGUGAAUUGUCUUAACUCUGAAACCUUGCUCUUACAGAUUGAACCUUUUUACAUUUCUGAAAAUAGCAGAAAGAGCAUAUUUGACUUGUCCUAGCUGUAAGUGGUUGAUUCUUGUUGCCGCCCAGCACCCGGAUGCCAGCGGGGUCUUCGUCCGCUCGCCCAUGUGCGACUGUCUCCAGUGCUUCCAAGGGUGGCUCUACACGGCUCUCAGCCGCGAUCAAACGCUCUUGCAGACAAAGCCAGUAUAGAUUUUGGACUUUUGGGGAAUUUGGGAGAGGAGCAGUCCAUACGUUACAGCUAAAGUGUUGAACGUGUACAUGGGGACGUGUUGGUGCGUGGAUUUUGAGGAAGAAGGUGUGACCUUUCCCCACAGUCCUGAGAGCUGUGCCUUUUCUAUGCAAUAUUACAGACGUCACAUCAGAACCCAGAGGGCUGUGUUCUAAACAAUUGGACAGAUUAAAUGUACAUGGAAAUGAGCAGUCUUUUGUAGUUUUAUAUUAUACAAUAAACAGUUAAAAGAUGAAA